AUGGCCGCUGCUCGGUCAUUACGCACACGUUCGAGCGUUUGUUGGUCACACCCCCUCUACUGGAUAUUAUUAUACGUCGAUAUUAUAUUAAUAGUACAAUUUUUACUAGUAGUAAUAGUAUUAUUCCAUACCAUAAGCUCACUAACCUAUCCAGCGACGACGAUGGCAUCAAAAUCAGGAGUCUUCAUCGUUGGUGCAAAACGAACAGCAUUUGGUACAUUUGGUGGGAAACUGAAGAAUCAUUCUGCCACAGAUCUUGGCGUGAUCGCCACCGUUGCUGCAUUGAAACACGCCAACGUAAAAGCGGAUGACAUUGACCACGUGAUCUUUGGAAACGUCGUGGCAAGCUCCAGAGAUGGGAUCUAUCUUACACGACAUAUUGGAUUAAAAAGUGGUGUUCCUCAAAGCGUUGGCGCUCUAACGGUUAAUCGACUUUGCGGUUCAGGUUUUCAGGCCGUUGUCAAUGCUGCUCAGCAAAUCAAACUCGGAGAGUCGAAGCUCGUUGUUGCUGGAGGUACCGAAAACAUGACACAAGUCCCAUUCGCAGUGAGAAACAUCCGAUUUGGUACUGCUUUAGGGAUGAAGUAUGAAUUCGAAGAUAUGUUGUGGGAGUCUCUUAGUGAUACCUACGCAAAAUUAGCCAUGGGACAGACAGCAGAGAAACUUGGAGCUCAGUAUAAGGUUUCACGGAAAGAUGCUGAUGAGUUUGCUCUGCGCUCCCAACAGCUCUGGAAGAAAGCUCAAGAUGCAGGAUUCUACAAAGCAGAAAUUGAACCAAUGACAGUGAAGGGGAGAAAAGGAGAGGAGACAUUUGAUGUGGAUGAACAUCCGAGACCUGGAACUACAAUGGAAUCCUUAACAAAACUGAAACCUGUAUUCCAGAAAGACGGUCUUAUAAACGCUGGAAACGCGUCUGGUAUAAGUGAUGGCGCUGCUGCAAUGGUGAUCGCUGGAGAAGAAACAUUGAACGAACAUAGUUUGAAACCACUUGCUCGAGUCGUGUCCUAUGCUGCCGUCGGUUGUGAUCCUACCAUCAUGGGUAUUGGUCCUGUUCCCGCUAUCCGUCAAGUCCUUGCCCAAACCGGUUUAAAGAUAGAUGAUAUUGAUCUUUUUGAGGUCAACGAAGCGUUUGCUCCUCAAGCUUUGGCUGUACAACGUGAGCUUGGUCUUCCGAUGGAGAAGUUGAAUCUGAACGGUGGCGCCAUUGCUCUCGGUCACCCUCUUGGAGCAUCUGGAGCUCGAAUCAGUGUGCAUCUCGUUCACGAGCUUAAGAGACGCAACUUGAAGUAUGCCAUAGGAUCAGCGUGUAUCGGAGGAGGUCAAGGUAUUGCUAUACUUUUCGAGAAUGUCCAAUAA